GCAUUCUGGGACAUCACACAGCUCCGAUGGGGGGAAAUGCCUGAAGCCUCUGCAGUUUAAACUGGAUGUGCGUUGGGAUUAAACCGCAGGGUAACGGCGGAGUCCGCUGGACUCGACUGUGUCCUUGAUUAUGGGGUAUUAGUGCGCGAGCAAGACUAGAAUAUAUACAUUAGGAAUAUGUGCGUUAGGAAGGAAUAUGAAUAUUAGGAAUAUUUGCAUUAGGAAUAGGUGUCUGUAUAUGUAUACUUGGAAUAUAUGCAAUAGGAAUAUAUUCAAAAGGAAUAUUUGUAUUAUGAAGGAAUGUGUGCGUUGGGAAGGGAUUGUAACUCUGUGUGCUGAGCUGUGUAGAUGGUGCUGAGUGAGAGGGUGGGCUGUAGUCAGUGUGGUGGUCCGUUAGGAGUGAUCGAUCGUGUCUCCAGGCUGUGGAGGUCUCUGCCGGACUCACACUGAGAAGCUCAGCCCUGAGGAGAUGGACACCAGAUAAAUGGGUCGUUUAAGCUGGGCGCAGCCCGCGUGCUGUCGGGUUGGCAGUGUCUAGCGCCAGCGCUGCAGGACAACGGCAACAUGAACGGCAGCUCGGAGCAGCAGGACAUCCUGCCCCCAAACUGCAUGGUGAAGGACCGCUGGAAAGUGCUGAAGAAGAUCGGCGGUGGGGGCUUCGGGGAGAUUUACGAGGCGCUGGACCUGCUGACCCGGGAGAACGUGGCGCUGAAGGUGGAGUCGGCCCAGCAGCCCAAACAGGUGCUGAAGAUGGAGGUGGCCGUGCUGAAGAAGCUGCAGGGUAAAAACCACGUGUGUAAGUUUAUCGGCUGUGGAAGAAACGAUAAGUUCAACUACGUCGUCAUGCAGCUUCAGGGUCGUAACCUGGCGGAUCUGAGGCGGAGUCAGCCUCGAGGAACCUUCACCAUGAGUACCACUCUGAGACUGGGCAAGCAGAUCCUGGAGGCCAUCGAAGCCAUUCACUCAGUGGGCUUCCUGCACAGAGACAUCAAACCGUCUAAUUUCGCCAUGGGGAGACUUCCGUCCACCUGCAGGAAGUGCUACAUGCUGGACUUCGGGCUUGCGCGACAGUACACCAACACCAACGGAGAAGUGCGACCGCCCAGAACUGUAGCUGGUUUCCGUGGGACUGUCCGGUACGCAUCAGUGAACGCCCACAAAAACAAAGAAAUGGGCCGCCAUGAUGACCUGUGGUCACUCUUCUACAUGCUGGUGGAGUUUGCUGUUGGUCAGCUGCCCUGGAGAAAGAUUAAAGACAAGGAGCAGGUCGGUCAGGUUAAAGAGCGCUAUGACCACAGGAUGCUGCUGAAGCACAUGCCUUCAGAAUUCCACAUCUUCCUGGACCAUGUGCUGGCACUGGACUACUACACCAAGCCUGACUACCAGCUGCUGAUGUCGGUGUUUGAGAACAGUAUGAAGGAGCGAAUCAUCACUGAGAACGAACUCUAUGACUGGGAGAAAACAGGAACAGACACCAUGCUGACGUCCAACAGCGCUACGCAACAGCACACACGGCCGACUGCGGCGAUGGUCGGGGUGUUAAAUAUGACCCCUGUCCCGGGUGACCUUCAGAGAGAGAACACUGACGACGUUCUUCAGGACGAGCACCUGAGCGACCAGGAGAAUGCUCCCCCUGCUGGGCGGCCGGAGAGCGCCCCGGCGCCCCCUGAUGGAGACGGCUGGGAGGACACCGACUUUAACCGCAACAAACUCAGGAUCAGCCUGAGCAAAGGUCAGGAGGAAGAGGGUAACCGGGGGGUGUGUCCUGUAUCACCGCAGAGGGGCGGAGGAGGGGCGGAGUCUCCCAGUGCACAGGUGCGCUCUCUCAGGUCCAGGAUGGACAUGCUCGGUUCUCCAUCUCGUCACCUCUACUCCUCCCAGCCUGCCCAGAUGCUGUCCAUAGACGGUUGCCGUGGUGACCGUGGCCGUAACGAGGCCUCAGCGUCAGUGGACCCGGAAGCCCACAGUAACGCCUUCAUCCGUUCCGUACCGCUCGCCGAGGAGGAGGACUUCGACAGCAAGGAGUGGGUCAUCAUUGACAAAGAGGCGGAGCUAAGGGACUUCCAGCUUCGCCCAGGCGCAGAGCCGACCACCUCCGGCACCACGGAUGAGGAACCGGAGGAACUACGCCCCCUGGAGGAGGGCGAGGAGCGGCGGAGACAUAGGGCGGGGGACCAGGCGGUCCGGCCUAAACUGAGUCCGGGAGAUCGGAACACGCGUCUGACUGAGGGGGAAGCAUCCAGGAGGAGUGGGCGGGGCCAGUCCACAUCAGCUGACAGUCCGGCUCAGUCACCGUGCCACUCCCUACCAUCCGGCCGAGCGAGAAGAAGAGAGUCGGAACCCAUGGGACCUCACAGACAGGCCUCAGUCCCGAGUGAACCAUUGCUCUCUCCGACUGACUACCGGACCAAGGCUCCGUUCUCCGAGAAAGAGAUGUUCCACAUCCUUCCCAAGCUGCAGGCCAAGCGGGCUGACUUCCUCACGGUCAUGCUGACGGGGAGCCUGCAUCAGCGCCGUGCCUUCAUCGCCACGCCUCCAGACACCCAGGAUGAAGGACCGAGGGAUGAUGAUGUGACCAAGAGCGACUCGGACAGUGGGGAGAGUGAGAAGAGCACAGAGCGAAGCCAAGAUGGAGCUCCUUCCACCUUACUGGCCGACGAUCCUCAGAAGGGACCCAAGGAACCUGGUUCAGUGGCUGAAGUUGACCCUGAUCAAGAGGAUAUCUCCAAAACACUCGUUCUGUUCUCUCCAGGAGAUAUGAGGAAGUCCCCGAAUUCUGGGGAAGUGGUUGAAACAUGCCAAACAGCAGUUACCACAGAAGUUCCUCAGGCUGAGAAAUCUAUUGAGAAAGCUGUGAUGGACUGUCAACCUUUGGAGGACAGUCAACCUGUACAAGAACCCUCGGUGAGCCAGUUUAAGACAGCUGAUCAUAUAGUACCCAUUUUAGUCAAGCAGAAGGGUAACCUCCCAGUUCCUGUACCAGUCACAACAGCUUCUGCUGCAUCUCCUCCUUUCACCAAAGUGGAGCGCACCUUCAUCCACAUCGCUGAGACCACACAUCGCAAUGUCAUGUCUUCCAAUGGUCCACAGGUCCAAGAGUGCAUCCCUGAGGUAUCAGCUGCUGUGGAAGACUUACCAUGUAAAGGGGAGCCCCAGAAGGGUAAGAACAGUGUCACAACCCCUUCAGAACCAGAAGGACCAGGAGGCGUCCAAUCUGAAAUCUCCUCUCAGACUCCCACUGAGGAACCGCAAAUACUUACUGUGCUUGAUGGAACUGUACCUGUCCAGAUUGGCAACACAGAGGACAUAAUUAUCCCUCCUGUUUCUUUGGAGAAACAGGAGCCCAUCCAAAGAGACAGAUCUAACAAGGGGAGUCAGGAACCUUUACCAGAGCCACCCAAAGAAGAGUCCCAGCAGGGGACAUCAGAAGAUGAUACAGGAACAAAAAAUGUCAAACAUUCCGUAUCUCCCCGGCCAAAGAGCAGAAGCCGCAUUCCCAUCUUGGUGUCGGAGGAGGAUGCUGGCAUGGACCAGUCCCUUUCCACCCGGGAACGGAUGUGGAAGAAGGCCAAGCAGCAGGACCUGGCAAGACUGGUUGUCGAAAGGCAGAGACAGGGUCGAUGGAUGAGGCUAAACUCUAGGACUUCUUCAUCUAUGUCCUCAGGGGAUGAGCCUAGGAGAGCCUCAGAGACUCUGUCCACCACUGGAUCAGAGGAGGACACUCACCAAUCAGACGAUUCCCUUAACAAAGUCAAGAAGGAAGUGGGGGAGCAAGGGCGUGAUGCGUGGCGCAGCAGGAUCCCUCGACCUGUUACCCCAAUCAGGAGACCUUCAGCUAAGCUUUUAGUGACUGUUCCUUCUCCUUUAACCUUACCAGGAACCAGCACAAUGAAAACAGCACAGACUGCUAGCAAUGGGCCCAAAGCUCUGCAAUCGGGACCACGUGUCAUUGGUGGUCCUGUGAGAUCCAAAUCCAUGCUGUCCCACUGCACCCAGCCCGGGGGGAGUCCGCGCAUGCCACUGCGCUGCAUCUUCACCACUUCCCGCCGCAGUUUAAGCACAGCCCAAUGCACUUUCACCUCUGCCCGGACCACCAGCCCCUCCCCCCAACGUCCAGCUCUCCGGACAGCUGUGAUGGACCCUCGGAGAGCACCACUGGCCGUUUGCAGCACUCCGGCGCCGUCCGUACGGCCAAGGACUACCGCAGCCUCUCAAACACAGACUGUCUCUCACAGCAGGAACCGAACCAAAGCCCCCGCCUCCACUAAGACCACCACAAAGGUGAAAAAAGCACAAGUGACGCUCCGGCUGCAGCCAGAUAAUACACUGCGACUGCCUCUUCACUCGGAUUGACUUUUGUUUUGCUUGACUUCAAAGUAUUGCCUCAAAAA